GUUGUCCUGGCCUGCCGCAAACCAAGCAAAGCUGCUUAUAACGAGGACGAGGGGUGUCCGCCCGGCUCCGAGUGUGCUCUGAAAAUAAUGGACAAGAGGCACAUCGUGAAGGAGCGGAAGGUGGCAUACAUAAAAAUGGAGCGUUUAAUUCUCGACCAGCUGAGGCACCCGGGAAUCGUGCGCCUGCUCUUCACGUUCCAGGACGAGCACUCCCUCUGUGAGCCCUGCUUGCUUACAUGGGGUUGGAGUGCUGCCACGGGGGAGAGCUCUUCGGCCAGAUCAGACCAUUCGUCCUUGCCUCACCUAUCCCACCUCCAUUCCUCUCCUCCCCUCCCUCUACCCCUCUGUCCCACCACAGACAUGGGACUGGAGUGCUGUCACGGGGGAGAGCUCUUCGACCAAAUCAGACUGAAAGGCAAACUAUCGGAGGACGAGGCUCGGUUCUAUGCAGCAGAGGUGGUGUGUGCACUGGAGUACAUGCACUCGCAAGGAGUGGUUCACCGAGACCUAAAGCCGGAGAACAUUCUCCUCACAGCAUCGGGCCACGUGCGCAUCUCUGACUUUGGCUGUGCCAAGCUGCUCACCAACGGCCAAUCAGCUGGGGCCACGUCAGCAGUAGAUGCCACUGCUGCUGCUAUCAACAAUGAUGAACGCAGCGGGUCCUUUGUGGGCACAGCAGAGUACGUCCCUCCGGAACUGCUGGACGAUGGGCCCGUGUCGUUCGAGGCCGACCUCUGGGCGUUGGGAUGCAUCAUCUAUCAGAUGCUAGCAGGUGUGCCGCCAUUCAAAGGAGCCAGCGAGUAUCUGUGCUUCCAGAAGAUCCUCUCUCGGGAUCUCACCGUACCAAACUACUUCAGCAACGAAGCCCGCAGCCUCGUCAACUGUUUACUGGAGAUGGAACCCAAGAAGCGAUUAGGUUCAAGGCACAUGGGGGGUUACCCCCGGCUGAAGGCCCACCCGUUCUUCCGAGGAAUCCCCUGGGGAGGGGAACCAGGCCUCGGCCAGCACGGAGUGUCCUCUGUCCAUAUCGGAGCAAUCCAAGCCAGGGGAGAAAGCACAGGGGAGGGUUCAAGUGUGCUCUUCUCAUCCCCGGCGCCGGUGCUGGCUGUGCCGGUGGGGAAAGAGGGGGAUGAAGGGGAGGGGGAAGAGGACGAGGAUGAGGAGGAGGAUGAGGAGGAGGAUGAGUGGGCUGUGUUGCAUCUAGGGGGAUCGUUUGCUGGAAUGAAGGUAAAAUCUGGUGCACGGGUUGCAUAA